UUUCUGCUUCAGUAGCUAGAAUUGGAUUUUUUUCAAACUUAAAGUUUGUCAAAAACUUGAGUAUGUUUAAAAUACUUUUUUUGUGAUGGUCUGAUAUGAUGUUCUUAGUGUUUAAAAAAAUGUGCUUGGGUAAUGAUAACUGGAGGAUCAGAAGAAGACUAGCACUAUGGUAUGGUUCAGGUAUUUUUAACUUUGAGGCAGGCUGUUAAAGUAAUAGAUUGUGGGGUAACUGAAAUUUUGUAGUUCAAAUGUUUUUCAAGUAAUUCAUGAAGGAAAUACUAGUUUCCUAUGUAUCCUGAACUUCUCAUUUGGGAGAAUAUCGGAACUAGCAAUGGCAGUGACACCAUAUGGUGAGGUAUUUCUGACUUUCUCACGUGAAACUUCAGAUAUAUGUAGUGAAUGUCAUGUUCUUGAUGUACAGGUUCAGUGGUGCUGCAUGAGACGAAAGCAGUGUUCUUCAUCUGUGACUUGUGGUGUUUCAGGGAUUUUUAUGUGCAGAGGAAUUAAGAUGGAUGAAAUACUUUCUUUGCCAUAGCAGCAGCAGGAUGCAUAAGGAACUUUGUCGUAACUUUUGAAGGGCAUAAUGCAGAAUCCUUUAACUUUUUCUGCAGAUAAACACAAAUCCCCUUCAGAUAUAAUACGAAGUUUUCAGAAGAAAAAUCAGUUUAGGACCAUUGCUCCAAAACUGGUACCAAAAAUUUUAACAUCUUCAGUGGUUUCUUGUCUUCAGUCAUCUUCGCCUGAUCAAAAGCCACCAAUUUCAGUUGCAGGUUCUAAACCACUGGUGGUACCAACUCAAAACUAUGCUCUUAUGCAGGUGCCUGGUCAUGAGGGAACUUUCUCCUUGUUGGCCUUGCCAUACGUUGCCCCUGGCCUAACACAGCAAGUCCAGCAGUCAAAUGUGGGCCCUUCUAAAAACCCAAAGCUGCCUAUCCCUAGGUACCAAUCUGUAAGAAAUAAAAUGCUGAGUGACAAAAAAAUGGCACAGAUCUCUGGUUUGGGUGCACAUAACAAGGUUCCUACCAAAGCAUCGAUCUCAUCACAGGCUUCCCUCGUGACUGCUUUAAGUGAAGACUGUCCUGAAACUCAUUCUAGUUCAGAUUCAACUGAGCAAGCAAUGCUAACAGACCGUGACUCAGCUGAAAUUACCGUUGCCACAUUAGUAAAUAAAAGCAAUUGUGUGGAAUCUGGAUCUCUUUUAGAGAACAAACCUGAAAGUGCCAAUAAUAAUGUUUCUGGACCAUCUGUAGUUAAAGACUCUCUAUCCAAGCUGGCAAGUGCAAUUAAUCCCAAGAAAACAAGUCUACGCUCUGUGAAGAGAGCAUCUGAAACCACAAGAGAGUCAUUCAUAACAUCUGAGAAACUAAAGGAAAAACCCACAAAUUCCGCAAAUUCUGUUGCUGUCCUGUCACCAGCAUUUUUUGGCAGUACAAUACAGAUGACUCCAUCAGCACCAAAAGGAAAACUUCCUAUUUUGCCUUACUCAAGGGUAAAAAAUUCAGUGUUCUGUAAAUCUAAGGAGAAUACUAAUGUUACAGAUGCAUCUGGUCCUUCACCAAGUUCUGAAUGUGAAAAGACACCAACUUUGGCAAAAACCUUUCAUGUUCCUGCUAAAGCAUCUGAUAAGCGGUUAGCUGUGUCAUUUACACAAGUCCCCAAACAAACCAUUCGAGAACGUACCUUCUCUCCAUCCAAUAAAGUGGAUAUUGACAGUCUUAAAAAAAAGAACAGUGCAGCCUCUAAAAGAAGAGGCAGGAAAAGAAGAGCCCCAGAUGAUCUGUUGGCUUUUCAGACCAAGCGAAGGAAAUGCAUCAUUAAUAAGUUUAAAGAAGGAAGAGAGAGGGCGAAAGUUGAUCUUCAGCCACCUGAUGGCAAAAAAGCAGAGGCAGUGAAAAAAUACCGUAGUAUUAGACCAAAACCAGUGUUAGUUGUGCAGACUUUUGCACCUCUGACUUCUGCAGCAACAGUAGAGACACCAUCUCCUGACCGCUUAGACCAAGGAACUUUUUUAAAUAGAUCACUUCCCAAAAAACAUACAAGUUAUAAGCAUAGUGAUGCUACAUCAGCUAAAUCAAGUGAUUUAAGUAGAAAUGCAUGUUCAGACGUACCUAAGCAGUUGCAUAAAUGUCAUGUUUGUAACCACAUCUUCCAGUUUAAACACCAUCUUCAGGACCAUAUGAACACCCACACAAACAAACGGCCCUACAGCUGUCGAAUUUGCCGCAAAGCGUAUAUUCAUUCUGGAAGCCUGAGCACGCAUAUGAAACUUCAUCACAAUGAAGGCAAACCCCAAAAGCUCGUGUGCUGUGAAUUCUGUGCUAAAGUUUUUGGCCAUGCAAAAGUGUAUUUUGGACACCUCAGAGAAGUCCACAGGGUUGUUAUCAGCACAGAGCCCUCUACUAGUGAGCAACAGCUGCAAGAUGCUUUGAAGAAGAGAGACACAAAUAUAAAAGAGGCGGAAGAAGCAACAGAGAGGGGAAAUAAAUGCAAUUUUGAGGACUUAUUCCAUAACCCAGGAGAAGUGAAAUUACAGGUCAGAUGUGGUCGAUGCCAGUUUAUUGCGCAGUCUUUUGGUGAAAUGAAGUUUCACUUACUGUGCUCUCAUGGACAAGAGAUCCAGGGAAGAGUAAAGGAAGGGGGUUUGCAAGGAAAUAGAGGAGUGAAGGGGGAACUGAUUAAACAUGCAACCCACUUCUGGAAACAGCACAAUGAGAGAAGACAUUUAGCAAAAUGCAGUGCCCAUGAGGAGGAUGUUUAUACUUUUCCAAAACUGAAAAGACAGAUCUACUUGCACCAUCAAAAUAAUGUUGAUGUAUCAUCUAAAAGUGAACUGACUCAGUCAGGAAGUGGUGAAGCAGCCAAGGAGAUGCAAAAUGUAGGUUUUGGUACACCUAGCAGAAAAGCAGAAAUCUCUUCUAAAGUGAGCUAUAACUGCAUUUUAUGCAAACAGUUAUUUGGAAGAAAAGAGGAUCUUUGUAAUCAUUGGCAGAGUCAUCAUAACUGUGAAGACCCUUCCACUUUAUGGGCAAUUUUUAGUUUGUUAUCAAAACAAGGAAUUAUUGAACUUUCUAACAGUGGUGGAUACUGAAGCUCAAUUCUACAAUGCUAAGGAAAACAUCAACUGCCUUACCGAACUGUUGACUGUUUCUUGAUGUGUUGCUAAACUAAUUCAAGAGAUGUAUCACUUCAGAGGUUUGUUUGGUGGGUUUGUUGGGAUUUUAACCUUUAUUUUGUUAAAUCAAAAAUGUAUUUAUCCAGGAUCAUUCCCGAUGGGUAACUGCAAGCCUUUUGUGAAGCACUGUACUUAAAAUUCUUGGUUAAGGAACUUAGCAGCAGCUCAUAGUAGGUACUAAUGGUUAACAUCAAGGAAAAAAUAUUUUCCAGUUAAAUUAUACUAUGCACACAGAAAUAAAUCAGUUUAUAUAAAGUAAUCUCAGUCUUGAAUGAAAUGACAAAUCAGACUGGAAGUGCAAUUUCUGUGCUUCCAGAUUUUAUGGUAAAUAUGUGAAUAUUUCCAUGCAAUUCUCUGGAUCAUUUGAAUGUGCCUACAUGCAGCCAGCAUUCAAGAGCUUUAUAAUCUAUAAUUUAAAAGCUUUUUAUUCAUGUUUUUUGAUUUUAGUAUCAUCAGCCAUGUUCAUUGCUUUCAGGUUUGUUAUUGACAAGUCUUUUAGGUGUUACAUUCUGUCCUGGGAAUAGCAAAGAUCUCUUGGAUUUCACUUUAAAGUGAAAAAUCUACAUGUAUUUCUUUGCCUGUAGCUGUUUGGGUUGAAGAUAAGUUAGUUGUCACCUCUGAAGAGGAAACCCUCAAAGCUUGACUGCUUUAUGAAAAAAAUAAAAGUUUUAAAAAUAGUCAGCUGAGUUGGUUAGUCCUGGGAAGUUUGACAUUCUGCAAUAGACUGCAUGUUUCAUGGUGAACUUUCAGCAUAUUUCGUAUACCUUCUGUGACAGCAGCCCUACUGUUGCCAACGCUGUUAGCUCUCUGCGUUAGCACUCUUGGCAUGUAGCUUUUGUACCUGUGCAGUUGACCCAGUCUGUACUUUAAAGGGAAAUUGUUCUUUCACUUCUGAGUCUAUAGUGCAGGUAAUGAGUUGGUUUUCACUUGUGUUGCCAGAUUUGCAACCAGAGGAACUGCAUGCAGCACCUUAACCUUCCAGUAUCAGGAGCCGGUAGCAGUUACCUUACCAGGAUGCAAAGCUGUAGCAGCCCACAGUGCAGGAAUAGUGCAUUCUGUGUCCCCCUGCUACUGAGCAGGCAUGGUAAAUGACCAUUUCAACACAUCUCCGGGAGGCAAGGCAGUUCAGGCUGUGAGGAAAUGGAGUUCUAGAGCUUUGAUGAGACGAUUAGUGAAGCCUUGAGUCUAGUUUUAAACUGGUAUUUAAACUGCUGUUAUUUAAAGCCUUAUGUACAUCUGAAUUAUUUUGGGAGCAACGGUGGAAACAGCAUAAGAAAUCACUAUGCCACUGUUCAACAUAAGUCAGAGGACAUCAGAGGGCAAAAUGAAAAAUACAGCAAUACUGUCAAGACAGUACUACUGUAGUCAUUUAUCCUCGUGGUCAAACUGUAAUUGAGGGAUUGCAAUGAUAAAAGAGCCAUCCCUAAAACGUCCUGGUUCACCUCUCACUGUUUUGCGCAAAUCGUGGCGAUGAGAACAUGAGAAGAGAUCUUAGAAUGUUGGGAUUUCUGAGUGCGGUUCCAUAAGCUGUUGCAAUAGUUUGUGUAUGUGUUUUGUUUCUAAACAGUAAAGGCAAUUUUGAUGAG